CCAGGGGGUUGUGUUCUCUAUCAUAACAGCCCAUUUCAACCUCAAAAAGCGCUUCCAGCCGCGGGGGUGUAUGAGGAACACCAGAGUAAAGCGUUUUACCUCGAUCAGGUAGCGAAGGAGGUGAAAGUAGGAGUGGAAGAGGGGGGCUGUGGUUGGAUUUAGUGAAAGAAAACAAUAUGGCCGCGGUGGAGCUGGAAUGGAUCCCUGAGACCCUUUACAACACUGCUAUUUCAGCCGUGGUCGACAACUACGACCAGUCGCGACGGGACAUCCGAUCUCUCCCCGAAAAUAUACAGUUUGAUGUGUACUACAAGCUUUACCAGCAAGGCCGGCUCUGCCAGCUGGGAGCGGAGUUUUGUGAGCUGGAGGUCUUUGCUAAAGUGCUCAGGGCCUCUGACAAAAGGCACCUCCUACACCACUGCUUCCAGGCGUUGAUGGACCACGGUGUUAAGGUAGCUUCAGUCCUGGCAAACUCCUUCAGCCGCCGAUGUUCAUACAUCGCUGAGUCUGAUGCACAUGUGAAAGAGAAAGCUAUACAGUUUGGCUUUGUUUUAGGUGGCUUUUUAUCAGAUGCCGGUUGGUAUGGAGAUGCAGAGAAAGUCUUCCUGUCGUGUCUCCAGCUGUGCACACUACACGAUGAGGUUCUUCACUGGUAUCGUGCCGUAGAGUGCUGUGUAAGGUUACUUCAUGUGCGUAACGGCAACUGCAAAUACCACCUGGGAGAAGAGACUUUUAAACUAGCCCAGUCUUACAUGGACAAACUAGCCAAACACGGACAUCAGGCUAAUAAGGCUGCCUUGUAUGGAGAACUGUGUGCCCUGCUUUUUGCCAAAAGCCACUAUGAUGAGGCCUAUAGGUGGUGUAUAGAAGCUAUGAAAGAGAUCACAGUCGGCUUACCUGUGAAAGUAGUAGUUGAUGUUCUCAGACAAGCCUCAAAGGCUUGUGUUGUUAAGCGGGAGUUCAGGAAAGCUGAACAACUGAUUAAACACGCAGUCUUCUUGGCACGGGAACAUUUUGGGCACAAGCAUCCAAAAUAUUCAGAUACACUACUAGAUUAUGGGUUUUAUCUCUUAAACGUGGAUAAUAUCUGUCAAUCUGUGACCAUUUACCAGACUGCAUUAGAUAUUCGGCAGUCAGUGUUUGGAGGAAAGAAUAUUCAUGUUGCGACUGCGCAUGAAGACCUGGCGUAUUCAUCUUACGUCCAUCAGUACAGCUCUGGUAAAUUCGACACAGCACUAUUCCACGCAGAACGUGCCAUAGAUAUCAUAACUCAUAUUCUCCCUGAAGAACAUCUGCUGCUGGCCUCGUCCAAGAGGGUGAAAGCUCUAAUCCUGGAGGAGAUUGCCAUCGAUUGCCAUAACAAAGAAACCGAGGAGCGCCUCCUACAGGAAGCCCAUGACCUGCACCUUUCCUCCCUUCAGUUGGCCAAAAAAGCCUUUGGAGAAUUCAACGUUCAAACAGCAAAACACUAUGGCAACCUGGGCCGACUUUAUCAAUCCAUGCGCAAAUUCAAGGAGGCAGAGGAGAUGCACAUCAAGGCCAUACAGAUCAAGGAGCAGCUGUUAGGACAGGAGGACUACGAGGUGGCGCUGUCAGUGGGACAUUUGGCCUCGCUCUACAACUAUGACAUGAAUCAGUAUGAUGAUGCAGAGCGCCUCUACCUGCGCUCCAUCGCUAUUGGCAAGAAGCUGUUUGGGGAGGGUUACAGUGGACUGGAGUAUGACUACAGAGGCCUGAUAAAACUGUACAACUCAGUUGGAAACUAUGAGAAGGUAUUUGAGUAUCACAAUAUUCUGUCCAACUGGAACCGUUUAAGGGACAGGCAGUUUGCCGUAGCCGAUGCGCUGGAGGACGUCAACACAACCCCCCAGUCCACAGAGCAGGUGGUGCAGUCUUUCCUGCUUUCCCAGAGCCACGGAGCCGGACGCUUGGGCUAACACACCCAGCGUUCACUUUAAAAACACAUAGAUGUGCACAGCCACCCCCAUUUCACACAUUCACACCCAUUUAUUCACAAGUAGUCAAGGCAAGGAGGGGAAGUUUGGAGAGCUCUUGAACUGUCAGUUCACAGUUCCCAUAGGCCCAUUUUCCUUGAAGUGGGAACAUAAACAUGACCAUGCUUAAACACUCACCAUGGACAAGAAACCAUUCUUCAAAGAACCAUUGAAUUAUAAAAAUAAAAUAAAAUGAAAAAGGAGCGAGGAUGGAAAUCUUCGAACCACCGCUUUUUUUUAUUUUGUAUUCGAAGGAGUGUUGCUCCACAUACAGGAAUACCUAUCACUGCAUCUGCUAUUUGUGAAGAAAAGCACUCGACCGAGUGAAGGAACAUCCGUAGAUGUCCGUGUCCCCAUUAACACAAGGAUUAGCGCUUGACUUCAUGUAAUGCAAAGCUUUGCAUUCGAGGAUUACCUGCGUGCUCUCUGGGAAAUGAGACCAGCCAUGUUACAUUAUGGACCAUUAUGUUCAUUUUUUUUGCUUUUUUUAUUAUUAUUAUUAAUUCAUGUCACGUGUGGAAUUCAUGGACCAGUGGAUUUACGAAUGCUCCAGCUACCUUGUUUUAAGUUCUGGUUUUGUAUUCCCUUAGUACUGACAUAGCUUGUUUUAAACUGCCAAUAAUUUAUAUGCAAGGUAUGCUACAAGUUGUAGGUGUAACGUUGCAAGCGGAUGAGCCAAACGGAGUUCUUUUAUUAAUAAAUACGAGCUAAUUGCCAUAUUAUUAAAAA